UCCACAUUCCGGCAGACCUUCAGACUGUCUGGAGAGCCCGCCGUCCGCCGCCCGCCGCCUGUCUGCCUGCCAGGGUUCAGCACCAUGAGGGCCUGGAUUUUCUUCCUCCUCUGCCUGGCCGGAAGGGCCUUAGCAGCACCGCAGCAGGAAGCCCUGCCAGACGAGACAGAGGUGGUGGAGGAAACCUUGGCUGAGGGGGCUGAGGUGCCUGUCGGAGCCAACCCUGUUCAGGUGGAAGUAGGAGAAUUUGAUGAAGGUGCUGAGGAACCUGAAGAGGAGGUGGUCGCUGAAAACCCCUGCCAGAACCACCACUGCAAACACGGCAAGGUGUGUGAGCUGGAUGAAAGCAACACCCCCAUGUGCGUGUGCCAGGACCCCACCAGCUGCCCCGCCCCCAUCGGCGAGUUUGAAAAGGUGUGCAGCAAUGACAACAAGACCUUCGACUCUUCCUGCCACUUCUUUGCCACAAAGUGCACCCUGGAGGGUACCAAGAAGGGCCACAAGCUGCACCUGGACUACAUCGGGCCUUGCAAAUACAUCCCCCCCUGCCUGGACUCUGAGUUGACCGAAUUCCCCCUGCGCAUGCGUGACUGGCUCAAGAACGUCCUGGUCACCUUAUAUGAACGGGAUGAGGACAACAACCUUCUGACCGAGAAGCAGAAACUGCGAGUGAAGAAGAUCCACGAGAAUGAGAAGCGUCUGGAGGCAGGAGACCACCCCGUGGAGCUGCUGGCCCGAGACUUCGAGAAGAACUACAACAUGUACAUCUUCCCAGUGCACUGGCAGUUUGGCCAGCUGGACCAGCACCCCAUUGAUGGGUACCUGUCUCACACAGAGCUGGCCCCCCUGCGUGCCCCCCUCAUCCCCAUGGAGCACUGCACCACCCGCUUCUUUGAGGCCUGUGACCUGGACAACGACAAGUACAUCGCCCUGGAUGAGUGGGCCGGCUGCUUUGGCAUCAAGGAGAAGGACAUCGACAAGGAGCUUGUCAUCUAAGUCCACGCCUGCUCCAGCAGCACCCCAUUCUCUCUCUUUGACCUCCCUCUUCCUAUUUUCCCCCAUGUUUAAAAUGUUUGGAUGGUUUGUGGUUCUGCCUGGGGACAAGGUGCUAAUGUAGAUUUAAAUGACUGUACUAACGGUGCUAAAACAGAAAUCAUAACCCAAGUCAUGACAUGUGUAGUGGUCAACGUGCCCAUCGAGCCUGUUGCUCACCACACUAACGGCCCCCAUCGCUCUCCGGCCUUUUGCAGCAUUGCCCAUUGUCUGGCUGGCUUCCCAGGGGAAAUUUUGAUCCGCUCGGCUCUGCCUUACACACAUAUUGCAUCUUCAGAAUCUCUCUCUUUCUCAGUAUGAAAUUAAUACUCAUCCGAUCCGACUUUGCGUUAGUUUUAUUGGAAGGUAUUGGCGGCCUGGGGGAUCUUCCCCAUAUGGCCCAGAGGUAGGCAAGGAGAAGUACCAGACAUGUGAUGUAGGCAAGGAUGAUUCUGGGACUAGAGGGCCAGUGGUGAGGGACUCCCUGCCGAACCCACUAACCAGUCCCUCAGAGAGCAAGGCUUGCUGACCCAGGACAGCAACUGAGAGAAGGACUCUGGGCCGAGGUAGGAACAUCAUAGCCCUCGGGUCAGCCCAGUUCCUCCCCACUUCCCUUUCGCUGCAGCUUCUUUUCACAUUCAGCUUUUGGCUUGGGAGCAAAGCCCGUGGGGGGAGGGGGAUGCACCACCACCUCCUGCCAGGCUUCUCUCCCAGCUGCCUUGGGGAAAUGGGGUCUAGGAGGCUGUUUCUGCCAGGAAGGCCGAAAUCAAGAGCGAGACACAGAAAGUUGUAGAGUAGAAGUGGAGCUGGUGAUCUUUUUUUUCCUUCCAAGUUUGGGUGGCUGUCACGAGGGUUUUUUCCCUUUGGUUUCUAGCACGUCCCCCCACCCCACCACCCCCACCACCAUUUUUGGCUUCUGUUAAUCAAGAGAACCCUUCUAAGUCAAUGGAACAGUUGGAUCUCGCAGGCUGAGAACUCGUCACCUCCAAGCAUUUCAUGAAAAAGCUGCUUCUCAUUAAUCGUGCAAACUCUCGCCAUGAUGUGAGAGUUUGACAAACCCUUCAAAAUAAAAGUAACAACUUAGAACCUGC